GUAGUAUGUUUUGUAGCUUUCUUCCUUGGUCCUCCCAAGAACGACAUGAAGGCUGACUUUGAGCCGGAGGGAGUCUUUCGAAAUGGGCUUGGGAAUUUACAGUCCAAGUUCACUAAUCAGACCGACCGGUUCUGGAAGAUUUUAAGAAUUCGCGGAUCGACUCAUCUACGGAGUAAGGAUCCCUCACGACCACUGGUGUUCUUACUGGCUGCACCUCCAGCAGCACAUGAAUGGGUGGAUUGCCUGGCCAUUAAACUAGCAGAAAUGUUGGAUUCAAGACAUAAAAAUACUCUGGCUAGAUUUCAUGGUGAAAAAGAGAAAGCAAAUCCUCCAGAUCAAACCAAAAUAACAAUGGACAAUUUCCUGAAGGAAAAAAUUGACGUUCCUCACAAGGCAGUGCUCAUCCAUCACCUUGAGCUUCUCCCGCCACCCUCACAACUCCUGUUUCACUCUUAUUGUGAUGAUCAAAAUGCACCAUAUAAGCACUUGGCCAUUAUUUUUACUGUACAUAUGCCAGUAGAGCCUAGCCCAUCUCUGUCUUCUAAACAAGCGGAGGAAAGUGUUAAGAAAUAUCUUUCACAUGAUGUAUGGGCAAAGGGUGGUAGGAAUGCAGAUACUUCCCUCCUAUCCCGUGUUGCUGACACUGUGGUGCUCAUGAAUGGUGAAACUAGUGGUUUAGCAAGGGACUUUUGUUCAUAGUCCACUAACUGUAGGCAGUUAUUGGCAGGAUGAGUUAGUGAAUCAUCGUUACUCAGUCAGACAUGUAGUAUUUAACAGAAUGUGGCAAAUUUAGAGUUUAGUCAACCAGGAGAUGUUGUCUUGAUUGAGCACUUAAUUCUCAGGAGUAGCUGACAAAAAAUAUAAGGUUUUCAGGCAGGAGAACUAUUAUAAAGAUCUAGAGUGUGAAAGGACUAUUAUUUAUAAGCUGAGGUCAAAUAUGUAACAGUUGAUUGCUUCCUUUUCAUUAUGGAAAUGGACUUGCCAGGCUAUUUUGGUUUGUUUCUGUAGAUUUUCACAAAACAAGAACUAUUGACUAUUCACAGAAUACAGUGGAUGGUUAACAAUGCAUUCAAUUCAAAAACUUAAUUUACAUUUUUGUUUGUUAGUCAAAGCUAGACCUUUCAUACACAUGUUGAUUUUAGGCUGUGAGACAAACUAAAGGUAGUCCAAAGACUUGUCAAAUUUGAUUAAGAUUGUGCCAUUCACCUUCAAACCCAGUGAAACUGCUGAGUGUUCACAACAACUUGAUUUCAUCAAAGGAACAUUUUUGGGUCUAAAAGUUUUUUGUGGUUUUGGGAUAUUUAUUUUAAUUUGAGAAAAUUUGAACAACAAGUUUGUAGGUGACCUAGUUUUAUUCACUAGGUUUAGUUUUAGGGCUUAAAGCUCAAUAUAAUGAUUGCUUCUCUGGCAGUGAAAUAUUAUCCUGACCUUUGGAAUGAUGUGCUGUAGUUCAAAAAAGCUAACUUGUCCCUCGGAUCUUUCUUAUAAUUUUUAGUACUGGAUUGCAUGCACUGAAUUUUCAAUUGUUUUUUUUACUAUUUGCAAGCACCCUCAUUUCCACUACAGCUCAAUAGCCAUUUUUGUUAGUGCCCUCAUUUAUAAUUUUGAUUGCAAAUCAGGUAAUAUAAAUUUAUUAAAGUUUUGUUCAGGAAAAUUUUUUCAUUUACAUACUCCCCCAAUUAAUUCUUUCUAAGAGUUCUUCACUGACUUUAAAACUGGCUUUUAAUAAGUCAGUUUUGUAGUGAUCCAGCUUUUUCCUGUUUUUGACAUUGUUUGCUGGUGUUCUUGUGCAUGAUUUUGAUUCUGAUCAAAAGUAUCCAAUUUUGGAAACCUGUGUCUGAUUUUGGAAAUGGGUUAAUUAGUUUGGACACUAGUAUCCCCUUUUUAGAUGCUUGUGACUGAUUUUUGACACUAGUGUCUGUUUCUGGACAGUUGUAUUGUAUUUUAGACACAUGGGUCUGACUUUGGACACCAGUGUUUGAUUUUGGAUGUUGGUGUCCAAUUUUUAUGGCAGUGUGCUAGUUUCAGGGACUAGCAUCUCAUUUUAGACACUGGUGUUCAAUUUUAGAUACAAGUGUCUGAUUUUAGACUUUUACUGUCUGCUGUGAGUCACUAGUCACUGAUAUAGGAAACUAAUGGUUGAUUAUAUCAUAAGGGUCUGAUUUUGAACACAAGGGUCUAAUAUUAGACACUGGUGUCUGACUUUAGACAAAAGUGUCCAAUUUUAGGAACAAGUGUCUGAUUUUAGGCACUACUAUCUAAUUCUAAACACUAGUGAUUAACUAUGGACACCAGCACAUGAUUUAAGACGCUAGUGUUCUAAGUAGAUACUAGGAUCCAAUUUGUUGACACUAGUGUCUGAUUUUAGGCAUCAAUGUCCAAUUUGAGAUAUUAGUGUCUAAUUUAGACACUAGGAUCCGAUUAAGAUACCAGUGUCCAAUUUAGACACACAUUUGACUUCAGUCACUGCUGUCUAAGCUUAGAUGCUGGUGUAUGAUGUUCUAAUUUAAGACACUACUGCCCGAUCUUACACACUAGUGUCCAAGUUUAGAAGGUGGUGCCUGAUUUUAAACAGUCAGACAGUGACUGAUUUUGGACACGAGUUUGGUUUUAGGCACAACCAUUUUAUUUCCCAACAGAGCUAAGCUGUUCUUGUAUUAAAUCUAGGUGACUUUUUUUUAUAAACUCUUAGUGCACCUUACUAUCUGAAUGGUUAUUUUCUGUUAAGAUUAUUCAUAGAUAAGUGAUAUUCUGUUAAGAUUUUCCAUAGACAAGUGAUAUUCAGCAUUCAUGUUUUCUGAGCAGGGUUUAUAAUUUAUGUCGGGUCCUAUAUGCAUUGACUGCCAGACACUGAAGACUUCUGUAAUACAAAACCCUCUGAUGAGAGUUUUACUCUCUGCAAGUGUUUAAUUACUCUAACUACAAGUAUAUCUGUAUUUAAGAUUAGUGUACUUAGCCUUUUAUUGUCUGUAUGGUUAGCCAGGAUAUUGAAUUCAACUAAAGAAAGUUGUUUUGUACCAGUAUAAAAUGCAGCCCAAAUGAUCCAAAUAUAUUCCUCUCUGAAAAAUUCAUCUAAGACAUCCUUGAAUGGAAUGUAAUCCAACAGAGUUCAUUGAAGAAAAAAAAUCCAUUAACGAUAAAAAAGAAAUUUCAAUAACCACACAGGUAACAUUUGAUUUAUCUUUAGCUGGUGAGGAACAAUGUGAACUACUUACUUUCACUGUAAUUUUCAGACACAGCAAAAUUUUAAAGUAGGAGUGAUUGAAAGCAUAUAUUGCCUAAAAAUAGAUAUGAUGUGGCAAAUUUGUAUUUAAAAACAUCAUAAACUGAACAAGUUUAUAACAAGUGAGGAAAAUUUGGAAAAACUUCAAUUCAAAUUGGAAAUACAUGUAUUUAUUUGAACUCACUGUUAAUUAAGUUAUCAUCUGUAGUUUAGUGUCCUCAAAGACUCCCUUUCACAUUUUUCACAAAUUUUAUGAAAGUCCAGAGCACUUUUCUUUAAACAAGGGCUAGUUAAGAUCUUUUACCUACAUGAAGAUGUGUCCUUCAUGUCCAUUGAAGCACCUUCUGGAAAAUAUCGAUCAAUUGGAAAGCAAGACCAAAAGGCUUUUUUCUAUUUUCUUUUGCCUGGCAUGUUUUGUGAAAAAACUAGAUUAAGGGAUGUCAAAUUAGGUUCUGUUUCCUGGCUAUUAACCCAAAAGUUACAGAAAUUAAUUGGUAUACAGUACUAUGCACUCACUACCCAGGCUCCCAAUAGGCAGCCUCCUCCCAAAAAAAUAUUCUCAAAUAAAGCUUCCCCAGUUGAAAUGUUUUAAGCAGGGUUAGUAGAGAAAUUAUGUACCAAACUUAACUUUCCCCUUCCCUCUCCUCCCUUGCAAAGUAAAAUUUGAGCCAGUUGGGAAACUAGGACAGAUUAACCAUUCAACCAUGAAGAAUCAAAGAACUGAUGAUAAUUACCCAUACUGUGUGACAGGUUAACUACAGACAACGACAGUUAUCAAAUACAAAAGGAUUAAUGGUUAUUUUGUAAAUAAUCUAUUUCGAGCCUUUUUCCUCGACAACUUUCGGCCACAAAUCGUGCAUUUGUAGUACGAUCGAUUCUUGUCGAUUAUUUCUGCAUAGAGUGAGCUCACAUCAUUAUUUAAAUCACCAAGGUAUCAAUCGUCUAGAAGCAGAGAACCGAUGGGAUAAGUCAGAAUAAAGUUGAUAUGGGCUUCUCUUAACACUGCAAUCGGCAAGCCAGCGGAUUCACUUUGCUAGCCAAUGACAAUUCCUGAAAGAUCCACGUGAUCAUGCCCGCGAUCGGAAACAAAGAAGACUCCAUUUGGCGCUCAUCUUUGAAUGUACUUUUCAUCGGUUGAUCGCUCGUGUGUUUAGUUAUUUCUUUUCUCAACUGUUUUGCUUAAUAUAACAUUUAUAAAGAUAGGUUUUAUUGUGGUUCGAUGGGAAAACGAGAACAACGUGAGUGUUGUAAAAGAAAAGAAAGUCGUUGGCGCCGUGGAGUUAAAAGAAGGGACAACAGUUGACAUAUUGACUGGUAUAAACAAGGGUCGAGUGGCCGUUGAUAAAGCUACGAUUUUGAAAGUUUGUUGUGAGUAAAAAUUGCGAUAUUCGUUACGUGAUUAAAAUCUUAGAAAAGAAUAGAUGUAACGGGUUGAAUUAAGCUUACAUAACGCUCGGCGCAACUGAAACUAGAAUAAUUCUGAGAAUCGAAUCGGUCACUUGCAUGCCGCAGUUUCUUAAGCUUAUGAUUUACAAUGAAAUAAAUCUAUCAGUAAGGUUUCAAGAUUACUUUAGUCACGUUUGGGAACAUUCAAGAUUCAUAAUACAAACUGUUGUUAAACAAACCUUAUUACAUAAAGAAGCCCUCCUUGGUAAAAACAAAAUAAUGUAUUCAGCCCUUUUUUCAUAAAAUCUAUGGGAGAGAUGUACUAACUCCAAUACAAAAGUCAUUCAAUAUAACAGAGAUUUCCCAAUUUGAGAAUCCAAUGAAUGCCCUUUUCCUUAUAUCUAUCUAAGGCCUGGUCUGAGCUUUUAAUAUAUGUUUUUAUAGAUAUUUUUUUUCUAAUUCAGAUGUCAUGGAAUCCAGAUACAAAAUGGUCAAGCUUCUCGUAGACAACCUCAUUCAAGGCCAACUCAUUGUGAGCCCAAGGAAAAAAUACAAACAGCAGCUAAGUUUGCAGUUUAGGAUAACUUCAUUCUAAUCUAUUGUUACAGUUACAACAAGAUUUUAAUUAAAAAAUCAAUUUUAUUUAACUGUAAUUAACCCCUUCACUCCCAAGAGUGCUUGGUUUUCAAAUAUAAUUUAAGAUAUUGUAUUUUAUGAAAGAGAAUCCACAGACUUUAUUCACAAUUUGUGUCAAACAAAAUUUAAUGAUUGAUUAGGACUAUUUUAUAUGAAUAGCUGUGAUUGAGGAUUAAUCCAUAUGAAGUUUUCAAGAAAGGAAAAAUAAAUCACGGAUUUCGCUCAUUUCUUGUGUGUUGUAAGACAUUCAUGUACCUAUACUAAAACCACAAUCCGUUUGUUUGAAUCUCUUUAUUUUUCAGAGUUUUACGUAAAUUAAAUUUCACUCGACCGAAGGCUUGUCGUGACAUUUUUCAAGACUUUAAUUUGAGACAAGUUUGGAGGACAAUUUACAAAAAACUACGGAACUCAGCAAAAAACAAAUAACCCAGCCAUGUAUAUUAACUCUAUCUUUUCUAUCGAGGCGACUUUUGUGAACAUCAUGUUUCAAUCAAGGAAACAGGAAGACUAGAAUGACACCGUAUCGGUUCGCUUAAGUCACACACGCGAAAACCGAUCAAAUUCAAGGUAAAUUUUUGAAAAAGUGAGGUGUUCUUAACUGAUCCAACUAACAUAGCUAGGAAGUAGGUGCCAUAGAAAAGGUACCUACAGAAAAAAACUUUGCGGCCCGACCUUUACAAAAACUUUAUAACUCCGUGAACUUACCUAAUUUUCGGCAAUCUCCAAGUUUGGCCGCCAUUUUGAGGGACUCGUCAACAUGAAGCGUAGCAGAUAUAAAUCAAGCAGGUAGAUCUAAGACCGUCAGAAAUACAUACCAUUAGAACUUAAACUUACCAUUCUUACAUCCCCAUGCGACCAUUUCUUCAAAAAAUUCAAAAACUACAACUAGUGCUCGAAUUCCCCUCGUUGAAUCCACCGCAAGAAAUGACCUGUGCCACCCCAGCUUCGACUCGAAUGUGAAGUACGAAUCAAAUAACAUAACUACUUCAUCUUCGAGGCAACAUCACGCUGGUAGUUUGAUUUUCGGAUCGACAAGAACGGUGAUCGGGAAGGGAUCGCUAUGUUAACAUCAUAAACGUGACCGCUGACCAGCUGCUGAGUGAAAACAGUAUAGCGCGGGGUGGGGUGGUUGGCGGGCCUAUCGUCAUAAGAUAUUCGAAUGCAUGUUUAAAAAGCUUUAGGACUCCCAGUCUAAACAGUGAAGGCAUGCUUCGUGGUACAGACAACUUUCAUUUUACUCUUAUAACUUUCUCCUUUAAAUUAGAACUGGUAUUAAUUAAUAGAGUUAUCAAUAUAUUUUUAACCGUGUUACCCAUAUGACCUUUUUGCUUAUCAUCAGUGGUAUAAGAUAAGGUGUCUUUUUACCAGAACUUUUAAUUAUGCCCCAUUUCACGGAAUGAACACUAUACUUAGAAUGUUUGUUCUAGGUCAUUUUUGCUGUUCCUAAGAAUAUAUGCAAAAUGAUAGAGAUUUGAUUCAUUCAGCUGACACGUUCUUCUAAGUUUUGGCGCGUGCAGGUUUUUUCUAUCAAAAGUCGCGCGCAACACACCGGAAUUGAAAAUUCGUCGUAAAAUCGCUCGAACCUUAGAAUGAGUGUAGGCAACUUUGACUUCUGGCGAGAUGAAGUGGAUGGUUUAAAGGACCCCCUGAGAUUUUUUUCAGGACUAUAACUGAGAUUUGUUUAUAACUAUGAUAAUCGUCAUUAUUAGCGGACGGUGCUUUUUUUACCCAUUGUUGUCAUCAUUAUCGUUAUCAUGCAGGAAGAAAUAUAAGGCCGGCACGUUGCCUUACCUAACUACACAGAAAAUUGUUCCAUCUUUUGCUCCCCUUAGAUCCUGGAAACUGUUACUAUUAAGACGAUCAACAAGAAAGCCUUAAUAAUUACUGAAAAAUUUGAUUAACAGAAUGUAAGAAAAAAUCGGUGGGGAGAGUAAUUCGCGUAUCUUAUAAUCUGAACGAUAGUUUUCAAUAAAACAAAUACCUCUUAAUUCAAUUUACUUUAGUUGUCUCGUGUUUUUUUAAAAGUGGCGUUUCUGAGGACUGUAGAUUCUUCUCUGAUUCUUCUUGUCUCAGCCAAGACUCACUAUCAUCAACUUUUUUCUUGUGCUUCUUACGGCAUGGGACAAAGAGAGCUGAGGUAAGCGAUUGCAAAUUUCUUAGUUAAAGUGAAGCCCAGUAGUAUCCAUCAGAAAUUGAAAACCGACAUAGAUCUAUGUUUUUUCAACGUGAUGUGCACUUAAGUACCCUUAAUGUAAUAAAGAGUUUCUUCUCUUUUCGAGCAGAUAUGUCACGAGACAAAAAUGGAUAACAGAAAGUAUUUCUGAAGACUACCUAAUUCAACUGAAAUAAUAACUCCAAAUAUCUUUUGAAUGUCCUUAGACAUAUGCAAGGUAAUUACAUCUCUCCCUUGGAUACGCUUCCUGACACCAUCAUGGUCAGGAUACUGACAUGUUGCCUUUGCACCUCUCCAAAACUUCCCCAAAGAGUGGCGAUGCCUAUAACAAAUCCACAUUUUUUCUUUAUCCUCCUGAGUGAGGUGAAAUAGGCCAGUCCUUGCCAAGAUUAGCUCAUUUUCACUUAAGACCUCUUUAGACAGGUUGUAGCUUAUCAAAUGAUCUUUUACUUCAUCAUUGUAUUCAGACAGUCGUACUAAACCACUUAAGCCACGCGAUGAACCAAAGUUUUUUCCAUCUUUGCUAUUAAAAAAGCAGUCCUGAGACAUUUUCACCCAGCGGCUGGUCAGCGGUCACGUUUAAGAGGUAAACAUAGCGAUCGCUUCCUGAUCACCGUUCUUGUCGAUCCGAAAAUCAAACUACCAGCGUGAUAUUGCCUCGAAGAUGAAGCAGUUAUGUUAUUUUAUUCGUACUUCACAUUCGAGUCGAAGCUUGGGUGGCACAGGUCAUUUCUUACGAUGGAAUCGACGAGGGGAAUUCGAGCACUAAUUGUAGUUUUUGAAUUGUGGGAAGAAAUGGUCGCAUGGGGAUGUAAGAAUGGUAAGUUUAACGAACAAUUUCAAAUUUUGCCGCUUGAAUUGAAAGUAAAGUCCAUUUGAAUUGCUUUCGUAUGUAUUUCUGACGGUCUUAGAUCUACCUGCUUGAUUUAUAUCUUCUACGCUUCAUGUUGACGAGUCCCUCAAAAUGGCGGCCAAACUUGGAGAUUGCCGAAAAUUAGGUAAGUUCACGGAGUUAUAAAGUUUUUGUAAAGGUCGGGCCGCAAAGUUUUUUCUGUAGGUACCUUUUCUAUGGCACCUACUUCCUAGCUAUGUUAGUUAGAUCAGUUGAGAACGCCUCUUUUUCAAAAAUUUGCCUUGAAUUUGAUCGGUUUUCGCGUGUGUGACUUAAGCGAACCGACACGGUGUCAUUUAAGUCUUCCUGUUUCCUUGAUUGAAAUAUGAUGUUCACAAAAGUCGCCUCGAUAGAUAAGAUAGAGUUAAUAUACAUGGCUGGGUUAUUUGUUUUUUGCUGAGUUUCGUAGUUUUUUGUAAAGUGUCCUCCAAACUUGUCUCAAAUUAAAGUCUUGAAAAGUGUCACGACAAGUCUUCGGUCGAGUGAAAUUUAAUUUCCGCAAAACUUUGAAAAAUAAAGAGAUCCGAUCAAACGGGUUGUGGUUUUAGUAUAGGUACACGAAUAUCUUGCAACACACAAGAAAUGAGCGAAAUCCGUGUCCCAAGCAAAAUCGACCGGACCGCUCUUACAGAGACACUCUCUUAAGUACUCUAACUACUGGUAUAUCUGUAUUUAAGAUUAGUGUACUUAGCCUUUUAUUUUGUCUCUAUGGUUAGCCAGGAUAUUGAAUUCAACUAAAGAAAGUUGUUUGUACCAGUAUAAAAUGCAGCCCAAAUGAUCCAAAUAUAUUCCUAUCUGAAAAAUUCAUCUAAGACAUCCUUGAAUGGAAUGUAAUCCAACGGAGUUCAUCGAAGAAAGAAAAUACAUUUACAAUACAAAAUAAAUUUCAAUAACCACACAGGUAACAUUUGAUUUAUCUUUAGCUUGUGAGGAACAAUGUGAACUACUUACUUUCACUGUAAUUUUCGGACACAGUAAAAAUUUUAAAGUAGGGAUGAUUGUGAGCAUGUAUUGCCUAAAAAUAGUUAUGACGUGGCAGAUUUGUAUUUAAAAAUAUCAUAAACUGAACAAAUUAAUAGCAAGUGAGGGAAAUUUGGAAAAAUUUUUAAUUCAAAUACAAAAUACAUGUAUUUAAACUCACUCUUUAUAAAAUUAUCAUCUGUAGUUUAGUGUCCUCAAAGAUUCCCUUUCUCAUAUUUCACGAAUUUUAUGAAAGUCCAAAAGCACUUUUCUUUAAUUAAAUAAGGGCUAGUUGAGAUUUUUAACCAAUAUGAAGAUGUGUCCUUCAUGUCCAUAGAAACACCUUCUGGAAAUUGAUCAACUGGAAAACGAGGUUAAAAGGCUUUUGUUCUAUUUUCUUUUGCCAAACAUGUUUCAUGGAAAAUUAGAUUAAGGGAUGUUGAAUAAGGUUCUGUUUCCUAGCUAUUAACCCAAAAAUCGCAGAAAUCAAUUGUUAUACGGUACUAUGCACUCACUACCCUGGCUCUCAAUAGAAAGCCUCCUUCCCAAAGCAAAAUUCUCAAACAAAACUUCCUAAGUUGAAAUGUUUUAAGUAGGGUUAGUUGACAAAUUUGGUACCAAACUUAAUUUUGCCCUUCCCUCUCCUCCCUUGCAAAGUAAAAUUGGAGCCAGUUGGGAAGCUAAGACAGAUUAACCAUUCAACCACGAAGAAUCAAAGAACUGAUGAUAAUUACUCAUACUGUGUGACAGGUAAACUACAGGCAUCAACAGUUAUCAAAUACAAAAUCAUGGUUAUUUUUUUAAAUAAUCUAGAUCAAAGUAUUACCUAAGGUGGCAUAAAGGAACUUGAACACCUUUUUGAUAACCCAAAAUUAGAAUAAACUUUCUCUCCUAGGUGUUAAGUUAAGUAUCUUAUAUAUGCAUGAGGUAUUCACAAGGAAACAAGUCCAUCUGUCACCAUUUUGAUGUAAAAGUGCUCAUAAAUUUCUUUUCUUCAUGGAAAGUCAGCUCUGUUUCUACUGUGUUGUGUCCAUAUAUAUCCCCCCUCCUUAUCAAGAUGAAGAUUUAGUGAUGUUGGACAGAGACCAAGAUCAUUUUUGGAUAUCCAGCUAUGAAGAAAAUAAAAUAGACCUGAACUUGGUUAUCAUUAUCAGAGUAGGUUUUCAGGUGCAGGUGUAUGCAAAUGUCUUUACUUUUUGGCCAUGUUGUUUUGCUACCAUGUUCCAGCCAUAUAAGAUAACCCUUGCAAGAGAACAAAAUAAAACACCCUACAUUCCUAAGAUAUUAAUAAUGAUAUCAGUUUUAACAAAAGAUAAAAUUUAUCCAAUAAAUUUUAGCUAGUGAUCACACUGAUUUAUUUUUGACACUUUUACAGAAGUUACAGAAAGAUGACCCACGGUUGAUCUCAGUUUACAUGUACUCUGUUGUGUUAUCACCGAAACAGAAGAGGGGUGCUUAUUAGUAUAGGGGUAGUUAUUGGAAUGAGAAUGCUUACUGAAUAGGGGCACUUCUUAACAAAAACAAAUUAGAUGGGGGUGCUUAUUGGAGAGGGAGCACUAAUUAGAAUGAGGGCAGUAAAUCAAACAACAGUAGGUCAUCAUUCUCUUGUUCUCUCUCAGAUGUCUAUUCUCUCUAUCAGAUAAUGGUCAUACUUCCAACUCCUCCAUCUCCACCCUCUGUUGAACUUUAUAACACUAAGUUUGAAAGGCUCACUUACACUAACUGGAAGGUCACUGAUGUAAGUCUAUGUGACAAGCUUUUGCUAUUUCUUAAAAAACCAGUGUAGUAAAACUAAAGAAAGCGUGACCCUAGCACAUUGAAACGGGACCUGUCAUUCCAAGCUUAAAAAUAGAUCGAUUACUAGGUUAUCGAAAAGCGGAAAUAUGAUCCUUGUAACAUGCAAAAAUGUGUAAAGUGUAAUCUUAACAGAACAGGAUUUACGUAGGUAAAUAGGGUAGAACAAAGCAUCAUGCUCUCGUUCAGAUUAAGGUGUUUACUAGAAAGGAAACUACAUGCCUUCCCUCGCAUAUCCAAUCACGUAAAAAAUAGCCACCAAUAAAGUAUAUAAGUACUUUGAUUUAGCAAAUAAAGGUAGAUGUAAUCAGGACUAGAGUGUGUGCAAGUCUCUCUUCGUUGAGAACCCAAAAACCGGCCAAGUCUAGAAUAAAACAAGCAGUCGGCACUUAUCUGUUGGCCGCGAAACCUUCCAAAUUGUCUACAAAUUAUGUCAGCCUGACCUGUUCCCAACUAACGGUAUCUCAGAAGUGGAAAGUUUUCAAAGUUCGUCACCCAUCACAUAGUCAACCUUGCCUGAAAUAGUCUUACAACCAGAUAGAGAAAAUACCUUAAUAUCAUUUGGAAAGUAUGAUAUUUCAUCUGCCACCAUGUUUAAGAUGGAAUCUGUGACUGGGUGUCCUUUUUCUUCUAAAUCGGCUUUGGCACACAUUUUAACGUGAGAUCUCUCCAUCGGCAGAAAUGGAAUAACGUGAUCGAUGACAGAAUUAUCAAUUAGCGAGGAAUGCCAGAGUCCACCUUCGUUACGAUGUUCUUCGAGAUGGAUUUCUCUUUGUAUGUCUAUGAUCUUGAAAUCUUCUCGUUUCUUUCCGUCUUUCAUGUGUUUUAAAACAGCCGCAUCGAUCAAAUCACCCCCUCCAUUGCUAAGAAAUAUGAAGGUACUUUUACGAUAAUCGAUCUCGCCUGCAUCAGGAGGGUGGUAAUCUAAAUAUGGUUUAAGCACAUCUAUGAGGCCUUUGGGCAUUUUGUCCAUUUCGUCGAAGAUGAAUAGCGAUCUAGGACACUUUGUUACAGAAUCUUUCACUCGAUUGCGCAGCUGUUCCUUGUAAAUGUCAACUUUGGGCUGAUGAGGGUAUUCAUGUGUAACCAUGAUCAGAUGAACAUGGCCACUCUCCAGUCCCUUCUUGAAGAUAUGUUCGGCAAUUAUUUUGCUCACAAAGUUCUUUCCCGUCCCUGUUCCGCCGUUGAAGGAAAGCACUAAUGCUUUUGUAGGCGACGUACUCUUCAAAUGUGCGCCAAGAACCUUUGGAAUGGUCUUUGUGACCAAGUGUUGACCAAACACCCGCCUUUGAAGGGUUGAUUGCAAACCAGCAGUCAUGUUGGGUUUAACCCAUGGGUGACUACAGCUUUCGGUGAAGUGAACAUAAUAAAUUGUAGGUGCAAAAUAGACACCUACACCUACACCUACAACAACAACAGCAACUCCCAAAAUAAUUUCAGGAUAUAGCGCACUUGUCAUAGGUGCACACAAAAUUGUCAUAAGCAGCACGAGUCUGGCCAUGUUCGCCAUAAUUCUGCAGUAUAAAGACGAACGCUUUAGUGGCGUAUAGCAGGUGUCUCAGAACACUCUCCGUACUAUUCAGUACAACGAUUUUCAUUGGUUAGUCUCAGUCAAAUCACCAAUGACCUUCCUAGCGACUUGAAUACAUUAUUUACUCUAAGAACCAAGAAGUUUUUCUCCGGGAACCGCCUCCUGUUUUGCCUGUAGGUUUUUCAAAAAGCUUCCGUCUUAUUUAGUACAACAAUUUCCGUCAAACAACCGCCACCGAAUCUGUAAUGACAGCGUCGGAUAAGGAGGUAUUCUAUAGCACAGAUUCUGCUCGUAACCACGAAGAUAACCACCAUCUGUUGGUACACUUCACGACACAUACACGCCCAUGUAGCCGCAUCCCACAAAAUCCCACUGUUCGCGAAUCAACAAAUAGAGAAGCCCUAAAACUGUGCUCUGUUCUGUUGUAAAGCACGCAGGAAGCUGUUCGAGCACGAAAGAAGUAUAGGGAGAAACACGAGACGUAGUCUCGUGUUUCUCCCCACUUCUUGAGUGCUCUAAUCGCUUCCUAAGUGCUUUACAACAGAAUAGAGCACAGUCAAGGCUUCUCUAUUUGUUUUAUAAUAAAGAAUCCGUUAAAUUCCUCACGCGUUACUUUCAAUUUUCAAAAUAAAUUUUAAUUCCAAAGCGAGCAACAGUGUCGUCAGCAUGCUCUAUUUAACAAAUAGAUUCCAAGUUGUGGUAAGAUAGAUUCCAAAUGUGGUAAGAACAUCAGUGACACACUCGGCUGCGCCUCGUGUGCCACUUUCUGUGAUCUAUUACUGAACAGACGCACGGCAACUUCGAAUCUAUUUGUUUUAUAUAAUAAAGAAUUUUUAAAAAUUUAAUGAUGACGUCAACUAUACGUCUGUCCUCCAAUAGAUCAUGAGUGAGAACCAAUCAGAAUGCAUGCAUAACUGAGCUUAUUAUAUAAACUCUCAUAAAGCAUGCUCUUUCAACCAAUGACAGCGCGCGUUAUAUCUGAACUUUAUUAUAAAAUGAAUUAAGCGAGAGGAGUUAAGAAAGAGGCUGGUGCAAUUUUUCCCAGUUUGUGCCAAAGAGGAUUAGACGUAGGGGAUCAAAGAAGACAUCUGAUUUAAGAACUACGGUCACCACCGCGACUUGUCAAGAUGAUUUAGAAAAUCCUAUUCAUCAGGCGUUGCAACCUAGACCAAUUGUGGAUGCUUUGCUGGUAAGUCUUAAUUUUGCAUCUAUUAAAAAUAUUUUCAAUUCUGUUUUUUUACAGUCAUUUUAAGCUUAAGUUCUUCUAGCAUGUACUCUAUAAAUUAUAUUUGGGUGUACCACAUGUCAGGAAAAGAUCAGGAAAGAAAUCAUGGAAUUUUAUGGGAAGUUGGCAUGUUGGCAUGUUGGCAUGUUGGCAUGUUAAAAAAAGUUAAGGAAAACUGAUAUCUGAUGCCUUUCCGCCUAAACAAGACCUAUUAAUAGAUCAUUGUAUACAUGCAAUAUAAAAUAUCCUAAUUGCAGACCCUUGGUAUUCAUAAUUAUUUUUGAUUUUGUUUAAUAUUUUAUAUCUAAUGUUAAAUAUUUAUUUGUAUUUUGGGUUUUCUGUGCCGUAGUUUCUAGUGCAUCUUGUACAUGUAUGAGGAGGUUAGACGUUUUGCGAGUUGGCACAAAUUGUUUUUGGUUUGUACCCCUGGGGCGCAUAAAAAAUGUGUUUUUUUCACAGUAGCUAUGUAGGUUACUCAUAACUAGAUGUAAUGUGGUACUUGUGCUUAUGCUAAACAAAAUCAAUCUUCUACCUUACAUAUUUUUUAUCCUCUACCAUCAGGAAGUCAAAGAUGUGAUUGUUGAAAGAGAACCCAGGGAUAACAUUUGGAUCUAUCAUUGCAAAAUGUGUUGAAGGCACAAGGUGAACAGAUUAUUUGCAGUCACUGUCAUCAACAGUCACAGCAGAUAGUUAAGUACACGCAUAUAAACUGAUAAUAAUUUAUAAAAAUGCUCCAUUAAAAUUAUUCAUCCAAAUCACAGUUUUAAUGUAGACAAUAACUGUAUCUCAUAUGCACAUUCAUUUCUGUUUAUACAUUAGGAGGCAACUGCUGUUCCCAUCCUCUUUCUUACAGCUUCUCUUUUUUAUUGUUGCCAAUUAUUUCUCCAGUCUCCUUUAAGCACCUUCAUGAGCUAGUCAAAUGUUUUUUCUAUUGAGUUCUAACAACCUGAGUUGUGAAAUGAAAGGUCCCAACUACUAGUAGCAGGAUUUUAAGCUGUCUUCAUGUAGUUAUCUUGUUUUGAAUCUGACCGCUGUGUCUUUGACUGUGUCCCCAUGCCCCUGAGCCAUAAUUUUCUUCUUUGCAUUUCAGUAUUAAAUUGAGUAAUGAAUUAUAUCUAGUAAUAAGCAUUGUUUAUUAAAUGUUUCUCAAAGGUUCAACUGCAGCUAGUUCUGUUUAUGGGAAUUGCAUCCAUAUUGAAGCGACUGAAAAGUUGAUGGAAAGCUUUGACAGGGAAAACAACGUCACCACUUCACUUGCCGGAGACACAUAUUCUCAUGGUCACUCUUACCAAUAAGAUGAAUGAAUUUUUUGCUUUAGAACGUUAAAAUUUUGGAAUUAUUACUAACAUUAAUCUUGCUUUGGCAACAUUUUUCUGGUUAUUUUUAACUCAUCCUAAUGAUUUUGGUCUGAGCUAAAUAAUAAUGUUAGAGCAUAAUCUGUGUAUUUAAACAGCUAGGCCCCCUUCAGAGUGCAGCUAUUUAUGAAUCUUAGUUUAUUAUAUUCUUGGAGAAAUGACAAGUGCAUCAUUUCCUGUAAAUAGCUGUAAACAACAUAUUUUUCCAUUUGUAUCUGUUAAUUAAGUAAAGAAUAUUUAAAAUGAUUGUAGCAUUUCCACAGUCCACUUACUUUUUUUUCUUGCUGUUUUUCUAUCUCAGGAGGAACAUCAUGACUUAUUGCCUUUGAAUGGGAAUAAUUUUACCCUUUUUGUACAUGGAAUAAAAUGUUAUGUUGAAAUUUUUUCAAGUAAUCACAUACCCCCCAAAAGUUUACAAUGAAUUUGAAAAUGACAUUAUUGUGACAUCUAAAUAUCAAGUAAUGUACUUAUUUCAAUAAAUUUAAAUGUUUCUGGAACACACCCAGCAGAUGCACUUAUAACAACAAUUAUAAUUUAAAACAAUUAUACUAAACAAUAUAAGACUCGUUUGUCUGCACAUGAUGGUUUACGAUGAAAAUCAGGUACCAGAAAAAACCAAAUAAUCAACAAAUUAUUAGCUGAAGGUUCUGAUUUGUUGUAUCUCUGAAGUUUUGCCUGUGACAUUAACUGAGAAUCAUUGUAUCAACAACGAUAUAAAAAUUGUACAUGUAUGUCAUUCAAUUGUCUUUCAAAAAGCUACAUUAGCUGAUGCAGAUGUAUUGGACUUCAAGAGGUGGCUAUCCUACCACCACUGGCAUUUUGCUUGGUACUGUUCCCUGGACCUUCUUGAUAUACACUAUGAAGAAGGUUUUUGUUUUGCGUUCUGUGGCAAAGAUAACAGUCUGGACACUGUCAUUUGUGAUGCUACAGCACCAUCCUUCAGAUGAGAGCGUUGUACUUCUCUGAAGUCUAGUCAUUCAUCACUGAGUCCAUCCACUGAACCACGAGAAACAGGAAGAUAAAUUACUAUUUAUGCUUAUGAUUUUUUUAAUAUUUAUGCAUCAUUUAUCCUAUUAUUUUGGUUCCCAGUAUGAUUCAAGGAGUUCUAUUUUAGAGUGUGAGCAUGAUAUAAUAUAUUAAUCUAGCUGUCAAUGUGAAGACCAUGACUUCAUUCAGUUUGAUUACUGAUCAAUGUAAUAAUUUUAAAUAUUUUUAAUCCUUUACCAUAGGCUGGUACCUUGUCAUGGUAGUGAAGCUUGCGUGUCUUAUUGACUCUUCAAAGACCUUGAAAUGAGGUCUUCUUUUUCUGGAUCAGUUGAGGGGUUGAGACCAGACCAAGACCAGCUCCAGUUCCUCCUACAUUCCACUGGGAUAGACUUUUAAUAUGUCUAAAUAUCACCUGUUUUUAUUUGCCUUAUUUGAAGAGAUCUGCAUUUAGGCUAAUUAUUUCAUAUUUCAUGACAUCACUAGGCAUCGUGACAGGGUUUACCUUGCUGAAAAACAUGUCAGGCAGAUGGUGGAUCAAGUAGGCCGUGAUGUUAGCAAUGUUACAGACACAGUAAUGACCUCUUUACACCUGUAGUUGCAGCGUUGUGCACCUGCCUUGGGUAGUUUUCUUUCCUGGUGCAUUUCGUUCUAUGGAUCCGAUGUCUCUUUUCCAACACCCAUUGCUGGACUUUUCAUUGCAUUAGGAAAGCUUCCCUGGUGUGUGCACUUCUCCCCAAUUGGACUUCUUGGAAACAUUUUACCCAGACUCAUUGGCAAUGAACCAGUCAAGCAGUGUCCUGAAGACAUGCUUCUACUUCAGCAAACUUCUCCACUCCUGUUUGACAUAGUUAGCAUUGUGGAGGGAGAUCAGCUUCCUGAGGCCUUGACUGCAUUUAUUAUUGACCUGUUGGAAAAAGCAAAGUCUCCAUUCAGCAGAAAUGGAUCACUAGCAGAUGCUGUGCAACAAAUGGCGUAACGACUUGUAUGAACAAAGGUUGUUGAUUUCUAUUGACUGGAGAUGUACCCCGGUUACAUCCUCUUUUCAGCCUUUAUUACAUGUUCUUUCACAACAUGCUUUCAGGCACUCAAUGUACGCAAUGUUGCUGUGAUUAUAUGUAAAACGGUUUUAUAUCCUCUCUUUUGAUCUUUUCCGUGUUUCGAAUGCGUUUCUUACAAGGUAAGCUCAAUUUAAUGUGCAUGUGUAUGUUGAGGCCUUUGAUUGGAUGUCGUUGUGCGUGUAGAAAAUUUCUUUUUAUUACCUGGGCCCGGUGUAAAGGAUGAACGCUAAACGCUAUCCACCAGAAAAAUCAGUAUCCAGUGGAUAGGGUUGAAUGUUAUCACAACACUUAUAGGUGAAUAUUGAUUCAUUCUGUGGAUAGCGUCAUCCACCCGUUAAACAACCGGGGCCUGGUUUUUUGGGAGUUUUUCUUCUCUUGAUUUCCUCCAUCAAAGUGAUUUUAUAUCAAACGAGUCCUAAUAAAUGUAGGUUCAUUGCAAUUUUUAUGCCUUUUUUUGACAGGUCCCCGUCUGAUUGUUCACGACAACGCUUGCAAUUUGCAUUCGUAUUGUUUAAAUCGCGAUCUUGUCUUUUUCAAGAAUUCUCAGUUCCUUGUGGAUCGAUUGCGUUGGCAGGAUCAUGCAGGUACGUAAAUCACCCCAAAACUGGCUUUUUCGGUAUGGCCAUCUUUAAUCUUCGGUGUUCAUUUAGCUUUGCUCUCGGGUCUAUCCCCUAUCGACGUAAUGUUUUAAUCUCAACUUUUUCAGUACUAAUGCAAAGCAAUGCAACAUGUUUUUUUUUCUUUUUCAGGUUGCUCUGAGGCUUACAACCUCUCCCGUUAUCCUCAGUGGGACACUUUAAACAGUCAGGCAGCAGGACAAGCCAAUUCAUGCUUGAAGUCUGUUAAAGGAUCCUUGUCAUACAUGAACGAAAAGAAUACAGUUUUUGGUGGUUAUACAGUUUGAGUUAGUUGAAGCUCUUAAUAAAUGGAAUAAAUGAUACAAUAGAACGCGGUGGUUAAAAUAAACAGUUUUUGGUGGUUAUACAGUUUUAGUUAUUUGAAGCUCUUGAUAACUGUAAUGAAUAGUAGAGAAGAACGCGGUGGUUAAAAUAAAAUAAUAAAGAAUCCGUUAAAUUCCCAAAUUAUUACUUGCAAUUUUGAAAACAAACUUUAUUUCCGACUUCUCGAACAAAAAGUGGCCUCCCGUCUCGACAUUCGGGUACUUUAGAGAGGGGAAAGGGGUCGAAUAACCCACUCUCCAGGCUCUUUAAAAGAUGUUGUCUUAUCAGCAUCCUGUCAAAUGUCAGAUUAGAAGGAUUGAGGCCAUGUGGUAGCGACACCAGAAAAGCAAUAGCAUAAACUCUACAGUCAUCGUAAUUGUGCUGGUGUUACACAUUUGGUACAAUGGCCUUAAAACUGGUUCGUUCCUCGUAUAUGAUUGGUGCAAUGUGUUUCAGGAUUUGUGAAAAUUGGCCUUUUUGAACAGAAAAUUAAAAAACGGCCCCAAAGUUAUAUUUUCCAAUCCUCUUGCGUGAGGGAACUGCUCCCUCAGAACAGGCUGGGCUGCACCUACAAUAUGGUCGGUAAGCCAGUCUCUAGUUGAGAUAGUGCUAAUGUCCUGUUCUGAGAGAUGAAAUUUACCGGCCUUUGGGGUGCUUCUGUAAGAGAUCUUUACAAAGUCUACUUCAUCAUCAUUUUCGCUUUGCUGGACCAGGUUUGUGUUCGUUGUCGCGUUUACGGCAAGGAUGAUGCAUGUGUUUGCAGUGCUGGUUAUGCUCGAGGUUGUGUUGAUGGAGUAGAUUUUGUUUGCGUUUGUGGUGCUGGCGAUACAUGUGGUCGUGUUUGGUCUGUAAGGGGUGCUUGCCUUUACAGUUUGAAUGGCGUUUGAAUUUGAACCAUUAGAGUUAUUCACGUUCACACUGCGGUUUAUGUUUACUUGAGCCUCGGCGCUUGAGUUGGCAUUCUUGAUGUGUGCGAGUUUCGGCUGUUUGUUUCAGAAAGCGAAAUUAUCGAUUGGAAUACGGCCGAACGCUGAAUACGAAUUGAGUGAGCAAACAGAUACAUGGAAAUCUCGGACGAUAACAAAUUUCCUGCCUUUGCGAGUUUGGACCAUUCAAUUGUCUGGGAGUUAAUCGACUGUAACAUUUAUCUUUCCUCUCCAUUUCCGGAGUUUUAGCAUCCUCCUUUUGACAGAUUUCGUGGAGGUGUCACUAUGUUGUAGUUGUGAUCGGCCAUCCAUAAAAAGGAGGCAUCGGAGAAGUUUUGUGGAGUCUGUAAUAUAGGUAAGCAUCGAAAAAAAAAGCAAACAUCUUACGGCUAAUACAAAGUCAUCUGCGGAAACAAAGUACGUAUUCGUUUCUACUCUGUUUUGCGGGUCUUAAAUGCUAAAUGUCAGGCUAAAUGUCGUUCAUGUCAAGGUACUUUCAAAUUGUUCCAACUCUAACAGAGAGUGGCUUCAGACAAGGAAACCAGUGGUUAACACCAAACUUUGAGUCUAGUGACUUAAUGAUACUCAAUAAAGUUGCAUUAUCUGUUUAUCCAGUUAUAACAUAGUAAGGCCAUGUCAUUAAAUGAAGCCUUGACCCUAACUUCAAAGUAAUUUACAUUAUUAAUCAGACAUAUUUCUUCAGUGCAUUCAAAGUACUAGGGGCCUCUUUCGCUUUAUAGUUAACCCUUUAACUCCCAUGAGUGACCAAGAAAGAAUUUCUCAUUACAAUAUCAAUACAAUAUUAUUCAGAUAAGUGAUGAAAAUAAAGAAAAUAUCAAUUUGAGGAUAAUUUGAUCCAAUACUAAAUUCUCUGAACUAACAUUACAAUAAUUGUAUGGUUGACAUUAAGGAGAAUUACAAAUUUAAUCUGGGAGUUAAGGGGUUAAUGUAGGUAGUGUGAGAUUAAACUGUUCCAAAAUGGGUAUUUGCAAAGGCAAGAUCAUAAACCGGAAAAAAACUCUUGUUCCUCUGGUACAGGGGUCAUCAGGAAAUCUAUGGGCAAGACUAAAGCAUUGCUGCACGUAUGUGCUGUUGGAAGGAUGAACUAGAAAUUGACAUGUACCUUAUUAGAUUCUUCACGAAAAGCAAAUUUAAUAGAGGGGUGAAGGACAAAUCCUUGGACUGGCUCCUGAGAAGCCCCGUAACAAAUACCAGAACAUGAUUUAAAGUGAUUCCGUCUCUUCGGCCACUUGAAGCUUCUCGUACAAAUUUAACAAAUAAAGCAUAUACUUGCUUUUCUCUUAGGCAACAUGUGGAUCCCUCUCGAGAGAGUUCAGGGGACAAUGACUUGAGAAGCAAUCUUGCAGUAAGCUUGUGUGUUGUUGGCCUUAUUAAAUGAAGCAAUACUAGCACUUUUUGAAAGAUCUUAAAAAAUCCAAACACAUCUAACCUUGUUGCAAAUAUUGACAGUGCAACGGUCAUUGUCAAUUGACUGGUCCCAAUUGAAGAGUCUAAAUUGCCUUGUGGCGGACCUUUACAAACUCGAAAUCAUCAACGCCAAGAAAAGGAAAUUUAGCCGUUAAAGAUUCCUUUACUGCUUUUCGUAUGGUGGUUUUGUCCGUACACUCUUCUAGUACCUGCAUUUCGUUUGCAAUGAUAGAGUUCCAUUUUAGAUGAUGAAGCUCCUCCGGUUCAUUCGAGUUCUAGCAACGUAACAAAGCAUAUUCCAAAGCCUUCUUUUCUUUCUUCACGGUUUUAUUAGCUGUGUUAUUACGUUGGUAAGGGCCAGAUGCCGCUCUCAAACGUUCUUCUCAGUUCAAUCGCCUACAGAGGCCGGCGGAUAUACUUUCCCGAGACAUUCCCUCAGCAAGCCUAAGAGUUUCAUUGACCGUCGCCUGCGGUAUCGCUGCUGAACGACUGGAAUUCACAGCAGGGUUCGAAGUAGAACUGGGGGACGAAGACAAAAGCAUGAAUGCUUCCCUUAACAAUUCGGACACUCUUCCUACACAACUCUCGUCCUUAUUUACUGACGAUACCGGAGCACGCGAAAACUAAACAAACUGGCCGCUGUUGGUGAAUGUGGGACAUAGUCACGUGACCCUGGUCGAGCUCGCCCCAGGAAGUUUAAAUAUAAUUUCGCAGUUUAAAUCAAAUACAUAUUCGUAACUUUACAUAAAUUUUAAAAAGUUAAAAUGUAAAAUAAAUUUAAAUUUACAGUAUUAAAUAGUUUCAAACGCGUUUAUAUAGGAAUUUGUUUUAGAUUUAAAUCAAUUUUGGACACGAAGUUUAAAUUUAAAAGAAAAAAGUUUAAAUCAAAUACAAAAAUGAAAGGAUUAAAUAUUGCUACAAAUGGGCAGGCAUCACGAAGACAACAUCGGGCGAGCUCGGAUUUCGUAAUCGGAAAUCUACUCGAGAUGACCUCCUUCUGACGGAUUUCUGAGUACUCUUUCCGGCCAAACUGAGCUGCCGCGCAUGCGUUUGUAAAAGCAACGUUGAGAUUAAGAUUGCGUGCUCCUCUUGUCGCCCGCAAUAAUACUUCUGUAUUAUAUAUUAAAGUUCACACGGCAACCAGGUGGACAAUCAGACAUGAUUGGAUGCUACUCUGCUUUCCAGAUUAAUGAAUGCAACCGAAGAAGUUACAAUUCAUAGACCCAACUCUUCGACACUCCUGUCUAGUGCCUUCAUCAGGGGUGACUUCUGUAUUGUUUAGUAAAGCAAUUUUCAUUGUUUAGUCUCAAAUCAAUUGACCAAUGACCGUCCUUGCUAGAGUAGAUAUUUUAAACAAUUAUACACUUGCCACCAGAAGGUUUCAGAUCUUACUCCCUCGAUACUUUAGCGAGGACAAUGUCUUCCGAAGAGGUAGGACGUAAACCUGAGGGAAAAAGGGAAACUUUUGAAAUCUCUGCUGAAAGUGACGGUGGCGAAAAUGCAAACGAACGUCAUGUAUUUGAGAAGGACCCGAAGGGAGGUAAAGAAACGCAGGAAAGUAAUACACUUACUAGGGAAAUAAUUGACGUAGACAAUCAUCAAGAGAAAAACACACCUGCUCUUGAGCCUGUAAAGAAAGCGCCCGAUAAGCAGGAAUCAACUACCCCUGACCUAAAAGAUGGCAAAGACGAUCAGACACUUGCUGGUGAAUCUCCGAAAACAGAGUUGGGUGAAGAGCAAUCAGAUCCUGAGAGACAAGGACUACUGAAACUUUUCUACACCUUGCCCUCUUGUACCAAGUCACAAUCAGGUUAUUUUUUCUUUACGGGAAUUCUCCUGGUCGCCGCAGUAGUAUGUUUUGUAGCUUUCUUCCUUGGUCCUCCCAAGAACGACAUGAAGGCUGACUUUGAGUCGGAGGGAGUCUUUCGAAAUGGGCUUGGGAAUUUACAGUCCAAGUUCACUAAUCAGACCGACCGGUUCUGGAAGAUUUUAAGAAUUCGCGGAUCGACUCAUCUACGGAGUAAGGAUCCCUCACGACCACUGGUGUUCUUACUGGCUGCACCUCCAACAGCACAUGAAUGGGUGGAUUGCCUGGCCAUUAAACUAGCAGAAAUGUUGGAUUCAAGACAUAAAAAUACUCUGGCUAGAUUUCAUGGUGAAAAAGAGAAAGCAAAUCCUCCAGAUCAAACCAAAAUAACAAUGGACAAUUUCCUGAAGGAAAAAUUUGACGUUUCUCACAAGGCAGUGCUCAUCCAUCACCUUGAGCUUCUCCCACCACCCUCACAACUUCUGUUUCACUCGUAUUGUGAUGAUCAAAACGCACCAUAUAAGCACUUGGCCAUUAUUUUUACUGUACAUAUGCCAGUAGAGCCUAGCCCAUCUCUGUCUUCUAAACAAGCGGAGGAAAGUGUUAAGAAAUAUCUUUCACAUGAUGUAUGGGCAAAGGGUGGUAGGAAGGCAGAUACUUCCCUCCUAUCCCGUGUUGCUGACACUGUGGUGCUCAUGAAUGGUGAAACUAGUGGUUUAGCAAGGGACUUUUGUUCAUAG